UCAAAAAAGAAAGAAAAUAAAAAAGAGUAAUUUUCUCUCUUCCUCUUUUCUCUCUACUCUCUCCACCCUCCUUCCUCUUGCCUUGUGUUUUUCCUCUUUCUCUUUCUGAUUUUCCCCAAAACGGAAACGCAGUCACAUAAGCAAGAAAAAGAAAAACCUCCAUAGAAGUCACAUAAAAUAUAUAUUUGUAUGUGAAUGGUGGUUUGGACCUUUGGUCCUCCUCCAUAACCUUUGUAAAUUUUCUUUUUUUCCUAUUUAUAUAUUUCUUUUGGUAGAAAAAAAUAAUUAAUUAAAAAAAUAAAUACAAGGCAACCCCUUUUCUUCUUCUUAUUCUGUCUUCAUCAUCUUCUAUGUUAUACUUGAAUCCCUCUUCCAAUGCAAAACCAUGGUGAUCCUCUACAUGUAAUCCCACCCUAGACUUUCCCUAAACCCUCAUCGAUCUCUGACAAAUCAUGUCCCUUGAAUCUACUCCUCCUCCGAUCCCUUCAGACCGAUCUUCCCCUGAACAACCCGUCGCUCAGAACGACACCACGAACCAUGAAAACGACAACCCACCUCCUCAAAACGACAACCCAACCACGGCGACUCCAGCCCUUCCUCCAUUAUCGAGGAGCAACCGCCCCUCCCGGGCCUGCACCAUUCGGGCCGCUGAGAGGCUCUAUGCGGCCAAAGCCCAGUCUGCGAGCGAGCAGAGGAAGGCAAAGGCUGCGAAGAAGGAGAAGCAGAACAAUAGCAACAACGAUAAGCAACAGCAAGAGCAGCAAAACGACGAGUCGCCGCAGCAAUGCGGCAGUAGUAAGAUCGUGACGCCGUUGGUGGGUCCGCCUCCGCCUUCGCAAUUGCCGAGGUGGAGUCUCCGGUCGAUGUGGGAAUUGGCUUCCGUACUCAAUUUCUUGCACGUUUUUAGGCCGCUUUUGAAUAUUUCAGUGGAAUUCUCUGCUGAAGAGUUCGAGACUGCUUUGAUUACACCCAAUGACACUUUGAGUGACAUACACAUCCCUUUGCUAAAGGCUAUUCCUCCUGUUACACGAAUGGCACUUACACGUGAUACUUGGGUUACUGUUUUAUGCAGAAAGUUGAGAGACUGGUGGCAUUGGGUUGCAGAUGGGGAUCUACCCAUUGUUGCUUCACAUGGGUUGGAGAUUGAUGUAUAUAAAACACUUGAUCCUGGUAUUCGUGUGGUCAUAUUGAAAGCUCUUUGUGACAUUCGUGUAGAGCAAGAGGAUGUCCGCAACUAUAUUGACAACUCACUUAAACAUGGUGUUCAACUUUCAGCAUUUCGUAAAGAACGUGUUGGGGGUGACUCAUCUGGAAUAUCUUACUGGUAUGAAGAUGAUCCAAUAAUUGGUCACCGAUUGCAUCGGGAGAUAAGGAAAGUUGAGGUGAAGAAAGCAAAAACAAAGGGUUCUCAGGUCCUUCCUAGUACAACAUACCUGUGGGAAACAGUCGCAACCAAUUUUGAUGAAUUUCAAGAUGUUUCUGAGAAACUUUUCUCAAGUAAAAAUAGAACAGAGGCUUCUUUGGGGAAAAAGUUGAAAAAUGACAUGCUUCCAGAGAUUGAGAAGGUUCACAAGAGGAAAGAGAGGCUGCUGAAGAAACAACACAGACAAGCUCUCCUUCUUGAUAAUUUCUUAAGUGUGGAUGGACUUGGUCCAGGGCGCUCCCUUCGUGACAGGAAACCUGUCACCUAUACAUUCGAUGAUUAUGAUCGAUCCAUCAAUGAGGCAAUCAAGAUAACCAAGUAUGAAAACCAUCGCCUACUUAUGCAUCCUCAACGGAAACAGCCAUCCCCAGAUCCUUUACAGAGAAGAGAUGGAGUCGUGAAACCUGAAGCUUCUACUAAUGGUAAAUGGAGUGGCCCUUCGCAUGCCACUCAACACGUCAACUUUAGUGCGCUGUCUCCCAAAUCACCCGAUUAUGAUUAUGCUGAUGACUAUAAUAAAGACCAAUUCGACAGAAGCAAUCGGCGAAGACAGCGGCCUCAAAGGUAUUCUGAGAAAGAGUUUGUUGAAGCAGUUUCAGAUAAUGAAGCAGACUUUGACAGUGAUGAUGAUAUAGUUGGAGAAGCUAUAUAUGAUGAGGAAUAUUUGAGAAAACGUAAACAGAGGAGGAAAUUUUCUAGUAGCUCUGAAGGAGAUGAGGAGUACCAUUGGGAUGAUGAAAAUGCCGAAGAGGAGGAAGAAGAGGAGGAAGAAGAGUCCUUGAGUAUCAGUGAAGACAGUGAUGAACCUCAAAAAUUCAAGAAAUUGCCGGGUCGCACUAGGAGAGAAACUAAAUUGAGGUCGGUUGAUGAGCUCCAGUCAGGUCUAAGACGUAGUAAGAGAGCCACGAGAAACCGCAUCAAUUACCGACAGUAUGAGCUAUCGGAAUCAGAACCAGAGUCUAUGAAACCUGGAAAAUCAAAUGCAUCAGAUGAACACUCAGAUCCAAGCGAGAACGGGGAGUAUUCAAUGGAAAGUCAGGCAUCUGAUGGCAAUGAUGAUGACCAAGAAACAAAAGAGGCUCAGCCUGUUGAAGUGUACCCUGAGACAGUAGAGAAAGAGCAAGAUCCACCACCUGAGAAAUCAAACAGCCCAGGCCGAGAAGAAGUUGAGGGCAUACGAAAAAGACGUUUUCUUGACUUAAACGAGGCUGCCCCUGCAGGUUUCGAUGAUGGUCCAAACGCAAUAAUGAAGGAUGAAGAUACGGAUGAUUUCUGAAGCUUCCCACUCUGCUUCAUAAAAGGUAGGGAUGUUUUUGCAGAGAAGCCAAAGUGUACGAUAGUUAAAAAUUUUAUAAAUUUUGUGAUUAGUCCACGGAGGAAGUUACCAUCAGAGUUCUUCCAUGGCAUAAUUUAAGCAACUACCUUGGUUUAUGAUAUACAACCAGGGAGCAACAUGAUGCGGAGAGUUAUGUAGAUUAGGUAGUCAUUUUUUAGUAUGUCCAAGAUUCAAAAGAAAAACUUAAAAAAAAAAAAAAAAGAAAAAAAAAAUAGAGGGGAGAAACUAAGAAGAUGAAUGAGAAUUUGUUGGGAGUUCUUUAGUUCAUCCAAUCAAUGUACAAUAACCUUUCAACUAAUAUGUAACUGAAAAAUUGGGCUUUAGAUGUUGAGGCCUCUGUAGUAUUAUUAUC